AUGGAAGAGGAUAUGAGGAGGGAUAGUGGGUGGGGGGGUUUGGGGGGGGGGUUUUGGGGGUAUAGGGGGUUGGGGGGGGAGGAGGGGGGGUGGUGGUGUUGGGGGUUGGGGGGGGUUGAGGGGGGGGAUGGAUUGGGGGUGGUUUGGUUUUAUGUUUUGAAUUAUGGAAAGAGGGAGGGAUGGAGGGGGAAAGAGUUGGGGGGGGAUGGGGGGGUAUUGGGGGGGGGGGAAGGGGGGUUUGAAAGGGAGAUGAAAGAUGGUGUGAAUAAAUUAGGGGGGGGGAGGGGGUAG